AUGGCAAUCAGACUCCGGUGUGAUGAUAGGACAGUAUUCAUAAUUUCAGCCUAUGCCCCACAACUGGGCUGUAAUAGUGAGGCAAAGAGUGCAUUCCUACAGCAGUGGCAGGACCUACUGGAUAAACCAGGACAACAGCGCCGUGUGGAAAUGUUGAGGAUAAUUUUACGACGUUUCAGGCGAAGAUUAUCUGAAGAUUUACUGGAGAGAUUGGCUGAUGAGUGCAGUGGUUUUAGUGGUGCAGAGAUUAAACUCCUACAUGCCAAAGCUAUUUUAUGUGCUCGCCAACGCUGUGAUAGUGAGAGGUCUGAGACAGAACUUUCAACAGCUAAGAUAAAAAGAAAAGUAACAGAAGAAGACUUAUUCAUGGCUAUAAAACGUUUAGUGCCUGACUGUGAAGAAAACCGAAACUUAUACUCAAAACCACUAUCUUCUGUCAUCAAGCCACUUUUAGAAAAGACAUUUGCCAAGGCAUUAAAAGCACUAAUGCAGUUAUUCCCAUCUACAAAAGAUAAACCUGUAGAGGAAGAAAAUAUAGGUAAGAACAUAAUGUAUAUCUGGUGA